UGAACAAAUAAACAUUUAAAUAAGCACUUUUCCAAAUACGAUUUACUACAUUGUAUAAUAUCAGCAGGAAUUGAUUUCUUUCGGUCAACUUCGUUCCCAUGGUUCUUUCCAUUCCGCGGACGGGGAGGACGUAAGGCCCUGGGAUUUUGGUAGAUUUCAAUCUUGCAUGGAAUCAUGGGCCAUGGGUGUUCUUUUUACAAAUAUUCUCUUCCUCAAAAAGUGAGAGCUCGCUACACUACGGAGUGCUAUAGCAAGUUGAUUCUACGUUUUAGGGUGAUUCUUUUCCUGUCCAAGUUCAAGACAUGUUUGACAAAUUUGUGAUACAGAUUGAGGUGGCCAGGACGUAAAGCAGUCAUCAAGGACAAGGUGUCCCGGACGCUUCCAAAUAGAAACUGAAAUUUUGGCCGACACAGUGAAAGCUGUUUCUGGGACAAACACAAAACACUAUUAUUUACAAGAAUACAAGAAUUGUAAGCAUGGAAGAGCAGUCCUUUCCAGGAGAGGAUGAUGUAAGUGAUCAGUCACAGGAUGAGAAGAUACGCAAGCUACAUAAAGCAAUAGAGAAUGGGGAUACAGACGAGGUGGUCCAGAUUGUUAAUGACAGUGAUGACGUUUUGUCUCUGUUAAACAGACCAUUUGGGCCUGAGGACUCAAUGGGGCCUCUUCAUUUUGCAGUGACCAAGAAUAGACAAGAGAUAUGCCAGUUACUGAUAUAUCUAGGGAGUGACGUGAAUCUGCAGAAUGAGGAGAACCUGCAAACUCCUCUGCAUAUGGCUAUAGAUACUAGUGUAGAUGCUGCCAUUGUGAACUUACUGCUUCAGAAUGGUGCCUCUACUGAGCUCUAUGAUGAGAUGGACUGCACUCCAUUCCAGCUCUUGUUCUUGGAGCCUGGUCCUGAGAAUCAGUUCCAGUUUGAGAAGUUCCAGUUCUUACUGGAGGCAGGAGCAUCAGUGAACACUAGAGCGGCUUUUGGUGCUCAGCCGCUCCAUAAUUCUGUGAAGGCCUUCCACUCCGCCAAGUGUGAGCAGAAACAUGAUGCGGAUCAGACUCCUAUGUGUGUGAGAGUGACGCAGAUGAUUCUCGAGAAAGGUGGAGAUGUUAACUGCCAAACCAGUUCGCAUGAGACCCCUCUUCACUUUGCUGCAGGAGAUGGCUGUGAUGAUAUCGUGAGGUUUUUGCUGGAGUCUGGUGCCCUAGUCAAUGCAACAAAUCUCAGCGGGGAGUCAGCGAUAUCUCACUUAGCUCGCCAUAGUACUCCUCCAUUCUCUGACGUUGUGGAAGACCACAACAGGUUUAUUCAGAAGAGGAUAAAGACUCUGCAGCUGCUGCAAGCCUAUAAUGGUGACAUCAAUUUCAGCAACUCUAUGGGAGACACCCCACUGCAUUGGCUUCUGGCAAACCCCUCUGAUUUUACACCGAGGAUGCUGGAAGAGCUCAUCAAAGCUGGUGCUAUGGUGAAUGCCGUCAACACUAGGCAUGAGUGUGCACUUCAUUAUCUGGAUAUGUACCCUGCAACUGGCUAUGGCAACCGCCAGGCUACUCCCACAGUCAAAGAAGCCAUAGUUCAAAUGAUGGCAGCCAAUGGGGCUGAUGUAAAUUUAAGAAACAUAAAUGGGCACACACCCCUGUUUGCAGCACUUCAGAGGAAAGAGCAAGAUUUGGUUGAAGUACUCUUGCAAAAUGGAAGUAGACUGGACAUGCAUGACAGAUUUGGAAGGAUUUGUCUUCAUUUCAUAGAAAUGAAUGACAUGGAUAGAUCGUUGAGUGCUAUGUUGAUGAAAGCCGGUGUUCCCGAUGAUAUCAGAGAUGUAAAUGGGAUGACGUGCUAUGAAGUCAGUAAAACCAUUACAUUCCAUCAGCCUUUAUCUAAGAAACAGCAUGUAAAGGACGAUACAUGCCACGCUGAGCCUUUUGAUGAAUUUGAUCGGUUAUCAAAUGAUGAAAAGAAACAAAAUCAAGAUGAUGAUUCAAGUCAUAAUCUCCAGCUUGGAAGUGAAAUUCAAAAAGAGCUUACUAAUACAGAGAACAUUGCAUUUAAUGAAGACGAAGAUGAUUCAGAUGAUAGUGAGUGUGACAUAAACCUGGAUGUGUUAUCACCUCUGGAAAUGGAAGUAUUGGCCCUACGAUUUGGUGCUGGAGUAGGUGACGACGAUGAUGAUCCAGAUUCACAUCUGGCCAAAAUCUUGGGAGCACUGCUGACCCCAAUAGACAAAAACCUCAAUGUGGACAAUCAUGUAGCCAAAUUAAAGUCACAGUUGGGUGACAUUGAAUCUCUGUGCCUUAGCUAUUUGUCUGACCCAAAUGAAGGACCUGUGAAAAUGACAGAAGAGUUGGAAAUCAUAAAGGAAGAAAUCAACACACUGAUGGGUAGAAUUGCCAGAGGUGUGAAGGAGCUAGACACCAGAAUGGGAUUCACACCUGUUCUUUCUGGCAGUAUGAGUGAGGGAACCAAAAUCGGGAGAAUGGACGAGUUUGAUUUCCUCUUGUACAUGCAUUCUGUGGCCGAGUUGUUGGACAUAAGAGAAGCUGAUGACACAAUACCAGGAUUUGUAAAAAUGAAUGCUAAGCCAGACCUCUCCAAAGGCCAAAGCCAGGAUAUCUUCAUUGGCGACAAGUUAGUGGCCUCGGUCUUUGGCCGCUAUCUAUACAGUCUCAUCCAAAGGGUUCUUGGCAGAGAGGACACCUGGCUGGAUCUCCACUUCUACUGGGACAAGGGCCCCCUAAAAGUAUCUGCAGCAACUUCACAAGUCUGCAACCUAGAAUUGAGAUGGGUGGGUAGAGAGUACAACAACCUGUCCAUAUCCGUGGAUCUAGCUCCAGUCAUACACCUCCAGAACUGGUGGCCAAAAGCUGUGGUAGAACAGACCCUACUGCUACCAAAAUCUGUGAAGAAUUAUGGCUCAUUGAUUGUGGUCUGUAAAGCAGCACCUGCAGAGCCAUUUGAGGGAGGCCAUGAAUCUUACUUCAGAUUGUCCUAUUCUCAUAUGGAAACCAGGAUUUUCAAUUCUCUGCCACUUGACAUCAAGUACAGCUACGUUCUUGCUAAGAUUCUGAUGGAAAAUAUAUCAAAGCUGGUACCAAAUCACCACAGUGGAAGGACAAACAUUUCCAGCUACAUGUUGAAAAUGGCAUUCUUCACUCAAUAUGAACAUUUUCUUAAGUCUGGAAAUCAAAAGAACAAACAGAUUCAGUCAUUUUCUGAAGAAAUUCCAGUCGAAAAUGUAAGGCGCCUCACAUCCUCAAUGUUUGCCCAACUGGAGAAUUGCAUUAAGAGCAGAAAUUUGCCAUCAUUCUUCCUCCCGCCACAGAAUAUCAUACGAUACCAUUCUCGGAUAUCCAUUGCUGACAGAGAGAUAUGUAUGAUCCUUCAUCAACUUUUGAAGGUGACAACCUAAUGUUGUAGAAGGUGGCACCGCUUUACAAAGGUAUUAUGCACCAAACUAGUAUAACAAUAUUGCCGGAACAGUCGGGGACGAAGUACCAGUUAAUCUCCGUGAACGGACUGAACUGACUUGCUGUCUUUGUUAUGAAGAGGCUAAGCAACUCUCGAUACUGGGGCCAUUCUUUGAUUGGAGGACUAGCAGCGGUGUCUUGAUGAGUUUACUCCGAAAAUAACCCAAACUCAUCCGCAUGUAUUCCUCCUAGUAAACACCAGAUGAAGUUUCUUAGGAUUCGAAUGAAACCUGAGCAGCCCAUGCAAACGGUACUGAGAAAAUGCUUUGAACUUUUAACUGGAAUUCAGUACAACUGCAGCUCACGAAAACUGAGUACAAUUGUGGUAGUUUGUUGCGCUGUACUCGGAGCUGAACAUUUACAUCUUUGGAUAAAACUCUAGUGAGUGACCUAGCUAUUGAGCUGUACUUUCAUGUGGUACUGUUUAUUAUGCUGUACAAGGCGAUUCUACCUUUUAAGUCUCUUGAUGAAACCCUAGUGUGUGACCAUUCAAAUGAAAGCUAUUGAGCUGUAAGUUCAUGCGGUACUGUUCAUUAUGCUGUUCUAGGUGAUUCUACCUUUGAAGUCUGUGGAUGAAACCCUAGUGUGUCACCAUUCAAAUGAGAGCUACUGAGCAGUGCUUUCAUGUUCUACUGUCUAUUAUGCUGUACAAUCAUUGUGCUUCGGUUUUACAUGAAACUUGGCUACUAAGCAAGAAUGUUAUUAUAACGUCUAUUUGCCUGUUGAAAACCCUAGAGUGUGUCGUAAUAAAUAGACGCUAUUGAGUAGUACUUAAAUUUAGCUCUGCUAUUUUUUUAGGAGUGCCGACUACAUACAUAUUCUGGGAAUUCCUGCUGGUGAACAGUAAGAAUUUUCUAAGGUGACACCCUCAAACACGAGUGGGAACAGUCCAUUUUACUCCCGUUUAUUGACUUCCUUAAUUUAUAACUGUUACAGCAAGAACUACACAUUAAUUUCAACUGCUACUCUAAAUUAAGAUAACAGAUUUAAAACUUUAAAUUUCGAUAAAUUCUCAUCUUGGAUACAAUUUUAAUUAAUACAUUUCGCCAGAAUAAAUUAAUAUUCAUCCACGCAAUGAAUUUUGUUGCACAAUAAUUUCACACAUAUCAGUAUGCUAUUAUAUAUCAUACGUUAUAAGUAUUUGCAAAUUGAAAAAUGUCUUACUUAGAGAAUUAAAUCAGAUUGGACUGUUCAA